AUGAGGGUCACGGAAACCAGAGUUUCAGCACCAAGGGAAGGUCACAUCCAUGGCCAGAAACGUUUUCUAGAACCACCUGCAUCCUUCGGAACUUUUCCUAUCUCCAGCACCACCGUGUUUGGGAGAAGGGAAGGAAAAUCCAAAGCAAAGAAACAAGCUGAACUGUAA